AUGAGGUGGGGGGGCAAGAUGGUGAGGGGGGUUGGGGGUUAUGCUGAUGCAUUUUCGAAAGGAAUUUGUCAAGGGCAGAAGAGCCAGACAAAAAAUACUAGCUAUUGAAUGGAUUUUGGGAGUCACGGUGACUGUGCUCUUUGCUCUAUUCUGAAACGAAUCUCCUUUGGCCUGUUACCUACCCUUUUUUAGUUUUUUUAGUUGUUGUUGUAUUUUACCCCCCUUUUUCUCCCCAAUUUCGUGGUAUCCAAUUGGUAUUUACAGUCUUGUCCCAUCGCUACAACUCCCGUACGGACACGGGAGAGGCAAAGGUCGAGAGUCGUGCGUCCUCCGAAGCACAACCCAACCUAGCCGCACUGCUUCUUGACACAGUGCCCGCUCAACCCGGAAGCCAGCCGCACCAAUGUGCCGGAGGAAACACUGUACACCUGGCGACUGAGUCAGCGUGCACUGCGCCUGGCCCGCCACAGGAGUCGCUAGUGCGCGAUUGGACAAGGACAUCUCUGCCGGCCAAACCCUCCCCUACACUGGACGGCGCUGGGCCAAUUGUUGGCCGCCCCAUGGGUCUCCCGGUUGCGGCCGGCUGCGACAGAGCCUGGAAUCGAACCAGGAUCUCUAGUGGCACAGCUAGCACUGCGAUGCAGUGCCUUAGACCACUGCACCACUCGGGAGGCCCCUGUUACCUCCUUUUGUAGAAAAUUGUUUAUGUUCUUUGGAAGUAUGUGGGGAAUCUGUAACAAAGAGGUGUGACUGCUGAUUGUGGUGUGUACCGUGGAAGUGGCUGAGUGAGGUGCUUGGCAGUCUGAGAAGAGAGGGAGAAAGGAGAGUGAGAGAGACUGAGAGCGAGAGAGAGCGAGGGCGAGAGAGAGCGAGCACCCUCACCGGCUUCGCUUACACUGAGCUCUUUGAUGUGGCUGGCUCUUUGAAGCACUGACACCCUUCCUUCUCCCUUCCACAGUGCCUGGAGCCCUGCAAGGAAUCCUGGGACCUGAAGGACAAUCAGUGCCAGGACUUAUGCGAGGUACGUAUGUCACUGCUGCCACCGCCUUUGAGUUGGAGUGCUCCCUCCAGAGUUCAAUAGGAGAAAAUUCAAUAAGGGGAAAGUCUGAGGGAACGAAGAGCGUCAAGCGAAGUAAAGUGGAGGCUCUUUUUUCUCUACUGUAAUGAACUGUAAUGUAAUGGCACUCCGUGUAAGACUGAAUCAAAGCUGUUUAACUUACUCACCACUCAAACUAGUCAUCAGGUUCAGUGUAAACAGCACAAUCUCUGUUAGCUCACUGACCUGCCUGUUCAAGGCCUGACACACUCAACGCUACAAGUCAUCUGACACACAUUUUUCCUUUCCCUUUCCUCCUGUCCACCUCCUCCUCCUCUUCCCUUUCCUCUUCCUCCUCCACCUCAUACCUCAUCCUCUUCCUCCCCCUCUCCUCCUCCUACCACCUCCACGUCCCACUCUACCCUCCAGCCCCUCUUUCCCAAGAAGCACUAUGAGUGUCUGACUAGCUGUGAGUUCCUGAAGUCUGUAGAAGGGGUGAAACAGGGGGACUGCUCGGCCCCUGAGAAGGCCAGUGGCUUCGCUGCAGCCUGCGUGGAGAGCUGUGAGGAGGAUGGAGAGUGCUCCGCUGUCAAGAAGUGCUGCUCCAACGGCUGCGGACACACCUGUCAGACCCCCAAGAACCUCUACAAAGGUACAAUGACUCAUCAUAAUAUGACAUGUACAGUACAGGAGCAGUAUGUGACAUCAUUGGCUAGUUACUGUAUUUGGUUAUUCAAAUGCAGUUGUAGCUUUCUGCGCCUUCAGUUUUGUCCUUGAAUAUUGUAAAUAAUCUUCUAUUAUUAUUUAUCAAGGCUAUGCCUUUUUAGCAGUAUGUGUUCGUGUAUGCAGGAUAUUACAAGUUUCGUGAGUAGUGCUGCAAAAUCGAUGUAACUAUGCAGUGAACCAUACAUUUAAUUUGAUCCAAAAUAGACCAAUAUUUCACUUGAGUUUCUCUGUCUCCACGCAAUCCCCACAUUCUGUACAUAAUGUAUUUUAUGAUACAUCCAGUGUGUGAAAUUGUUCCAAAUCAGCUUCAGGCUCACAAAAGAACAGAUGCACUGAGAGAGAGACCUCCACUCCAGUCAAACUGUUUAAUGACACUGCCUGAGGUGUCUGGAUGUUCAGAGAGAAGAGGAGAGCUCUCAGCCCAUUGUGGAAGAGCGAGAGAAGACUCUCCGUGCCUCUGUACCGGGAGAUGGAAGCUGGAUCUUCUUCAGUUGUGUGUGUCAGCAGCACACUGACUCUCUCUGGCUGCUGACAGCCUUGGACCAUAACAAGGCACAAGGCAGGAGAAGUGGAACUGGGCUCAGUGAAAAGCCUUUCUUUCAGUCUUUGAAGCACUGCAGUGACAGAGCUGUGAUUUACUUUUGAAGUGCACACACAGACGUGUGUGUGUGUGUGUACGGGGUGGGGGAGUGUGUGUGUGUUGAAGCGUGCAUUAAUAUAUUCUGAGCGAAUGGAUGUACAGUAAAGGCAGUGUCAUGGCUAGGAGAUUCACAGCCUGUGUAGAUGGAGAAAGAUAAAAGGAGGGGUAUUAUUGAGGAGUUGAGUACAGGAAUAUACUGUACAAUUAGAUACACUACCAGUCAAAAGUUUUAGAACACCUACUCAUUCAAGGGUUUUUCUUUAUCUUUACUAUUUUCUACAUUGUAGAAUAAUAGUGAAGACAUCAAAACUAUGAAAUAACACAUAUUGAAUCAUGUAGUAAACAAAAAAGUGUUAAACAAAUCAAAAUAUAUUUUAUAUUUGAGAUUCUUCAAAUAGCCACCCUUUGCCUUGAUGACAGCUUUGCACACUCUUGGCAUUCUCUCAACCAGCUUGACCUGGAAUGCAUUUCAAUUAACAGGUGUGUCUUCUUAAAAGUUAAUUUGUGGAAUUUAUUUCCUUCUUAAUGUGUUUGAGCCAAUCAGUUGUGUUGUGACAAGGUAGGGGGGGUAUACAGAAGAUAGCCCUAUUUGGUAAAAGACCAAGUCCAUAUUAUGUCAAGAACAACUCAAAUAAGCAAAGAGAAAUGGCAGUCCAUCAUUACUUUAAGACAUGAAGGUCAGUCAAUACGGAACAUUUCAAGAACUUUGAAAGCAGAGGUAACUCUGGGUCUUCCAUUCCUUUGACGGUCCUCAUGAGAGCCGGUUUCAUCAUAGCGCUUGAUGGUUUUUGCGACUGCACUUAAAUAAACUUUCAAAGUUUUCCAACUGAUUGGCUCAAACACAUUAAGAAGGAAAUAAAUUCCACAAAUUAACUUUUAAGAAGACACACCUGUUAAUUGAAAUGCAUUCCAGGUGACUACCUCAUGAAGCUGGUUGAGAGAAUGCCAAGAGUGUGCAAAGCUGUCAUCAAGGCAAAGGGUGGCUAUUUGAAGAAUCUCAAAUAUAAAAUAUACAGUGGGGAGAACAAGUAUUUGAUACACUGCUGAUUUUGAAGGUUUUCCUACUUACAAAGCAUGUAGAGGUCUGUAAUUUUUAUCAUAGGUACACUUCAUCUGUGAGAGACGGAAUCUAAAACAAAAAUCCAGAAAAUCACAUUGUAUGAUUUUUAAGUAAUUAAUUUGCAUUUUAUUGCAUGACAUAAGUAUUUGAUCACCCACCAACCAGUAAGAAUUCCGGCUCUCACAGACAUGUUAGUUUUUCUUUAAGAAGUCCUCCUGUUCUCCACUCAUUACCUGUAUUAACUGCACCUGUUUGAACUCAUUACCUGUAUAAAAGACACCUGUCCACACACUCAAUCAAACAGACUCCAACCUCUCCACAAUGGCCAAGACCAGAGAGCUGUGUAAGGACAUCAGGGAUAGAAUUGUAGACCUGCACAAGGCUGGGAUGGGAUACAGGACAAUAGGCAAGCAGCUUGGUGAGAAGGCAACAACUGUUGGCGCAAUUAUUAGAAAAUGGAAGAAGUUCAAGAUGAUGGUCAAUCACCCUCGGUCUGGGGCUCCAUGCAAGAUCUCACCUCGUGGGGCAUCAAUUAUCAUGAGGAAGGUGAGGGAUCAGCCCAGAACUACACGGCAGGACCUGGUCAAUGACCUGAAGAGAGCUGGGACCACAGUCUCAAAGAACACCAUUAGUAACACACUACGCCGUCAUGGAUUAAAAUCCUGCAGCGCACGCAAGGUUCCCCUGCUCAAGCCAGCGCAUGUCCAGGCCCGUCUGAAGUUUGCCAAUGACCAUCUGGAUGAUCCAGAGGAGGAAUGGAGAAGGUCAUGUGGUCUGAUAAGACAAAAAUAGAGCUUUUUGGUCUAAACUCCACUCGCCGUGUUUGGAGGAAGAAGUAUUAGUACAACCCCAAGAACAGGACGACUGCACCGUAUUGAGGGGAGGAUGGAUGGGGCCAUGUAUCGAGAUCUUGGCCAACAACCUCCUUCCCUCAGUAAGGGCAUUGAAGAUGGGUCGUGGCUGGGUCUUCCAGCAUGACAACGACCCGAAACACACAGCCAGGGCAACUAAGGAGUGGCUCCGUAAGAAGCAUCUCAAGGUCCUGGAGUAGCCUAGCCAGUCUCCAGACCUGAACCCAAUAGAACAUCUUUGGAGGGAGCUGAAAGUCCGUAUUGCCCAGUGACAGCCCCGAAACCUGAAGGAUCUGGAGAAGGUCUGUAUGGAGGAGUGGGCCAAAAUCCCUGCUGCAGUGUGUGCAAACCUGGUCAAGACCUACAGGAAACGUAUGAUCUCUGUAAUUGCAAACAAAGGUUUCUGUACCAAAUAUUAAGUUCUGCUUUUCUGAUGUAUCAAAUACCUUUGUCAUGCAAUAAAAUGCAAAUUAAUUACUUAAAAAUCAUACAAUGUGAUUUUCUAGAUUUUUGUUUUAGAUUCCGUCUCUCACAGUUGAAGUGUACCUAUGAUAAAAAAUUACAGACCUCUACAUGCUUUGUAAGUAUGACAACCUGCAAAAUCGGCAGUGUAUCAAAUACUUGUUCUCCCCACUGUAUUUGGAUUUGUUUAACACUUUUUUGGUUACUACAUGAUUCCAUAUGUGAUAUUUCAUAGUUUUGAUGUCUUCACUAUUAUUCCACAAUGUAGAAAAUAGUAAAAAUAAAGAAAAACCCUUGAAUGAGUAGGUGUUUUAAAACUUUUGACCGGUAGUGUACAUUCACUGUAGAGAACAGACAAACGUAUAGAGCCAAACAGUUGACUGUCCUGUAAAUCCAAACACCUAGCCUAUGAUUGAUCUGUAUUGGUAUCAGAUUUACACAUUUUAAUUAGCAGUCUGCUUUAAGUAAUGAUUGAAUUCCAAUCCUGAUCUCCAUUGUUGAAGGUGUAAUUAUGUGCUCACGGUGUGGAAAGAGUAAUUGUUUCUGUAUGUGCACAAGUGUGUUCAGGAUUAUCCAUAAUGCUGGAAGCCAUUAUUUCGACGCGAGCUGGGUGAAAUGGAGCGUUUCCCCCGUGGAGAUCGCUCUCAGAUGUGUGUGUGUGUGUGUGUGCGUGCAGGUGAAGGUCCCCUGCGAGUGUGCGACAGAGGAAGAGUUGGUUGUAGAAAGCAGAGCUCUUUGUGCGUUUAUGUCUUUUGAACACAAAUACACAGAAGACCACUACAGGGCCUUGGUCCCAUAUGUAGAGCUUUUCUCUUGACAUCAAUAUAACCCAGUGAUAUUACAUACUAUUCACUAGACUGUAACAUCUUAUUUUCUGUUCAAAGCUGUACUAGCAAAGUGGAGUUGUGAAUAAGAUAUCUCUCCCCCCUUCUCUCCCCCUUUCCCUCAGCCAUGAUGGUUUGGCAGUCAUUUGUGAUAGAUUAUUAUUCUGUCACAUAAUGGAGACCACUGAGACACCAGUGUGGAAAGGCAGUCUUGUUCUCAGCCCGUGUCCUGAUGUACAUCUGUCAGUCUUUACUUAUGGUCUCUUUCCCUCUGGAGACACUGUGAUGCUUGAUCCUCACACUCACCAGCCAGCCGUCUCCCUCCCCAGCCGUUCACAGCUCCACACCGCUAAAGGAUUUAAAAGAUUGAACAGUGCAUGACCAUCCUGUGGUGUGGAUGUAUGUAUCGCUGGCUCAGUACUCCAAAACAAAGACAGUCAUUUGAUGCACGUAACAUGUGAAGCAUAUCUUCAUUGUUAACCAUCAGAGACAUAUAACCAUGUAUAUUAAUGACUCUGGGAACCAUGCCAUGACACUGAGCACUCAUCAGUGUUUGAAGUCUAUGGGAGGCAAUUGUACUACAACCACCCUUUGAAGAAUGUGUUGUUGGAUGUGUUCCUCCCACCUUGAUUGGUGCUUGUUUGCCACGUCCCUCGUAAUUAGCCAGGUCAUUAUGACAGUGUGUGCGUGUGCACCCAGAAUUAUAAUCCAGGAACGUUAUUGUUGGAAUGCACAAGACAUGAAUGAAUGCUCAGCUCUUGAUGACUGUUCAACAAGGUUAACGUCAUGGUUCUGUUUUUUGGAUGGGGCAGAGCAAACAUGUGGCCAUUGAAAGAUGAAUCCUGCUAGUACAGUUCUUGGAUGAGAUCUGGCCCCAUAGUGGUAAUCUUUGUAGGGGGGCGAGCUAAGAGAGGGUUUAGGAUUUGUCACUUUGCUGCAUGUGGAUGGUUGAUGGAUGAAGAGACUGGGUGUGUGUAUGUCUGCAUCUGUGUGUGUGUCUAUGGCUGUGUGUGUGGCUGAGGGAAGAUGAAUCAUGGCGGAGUGAGUAGGAAUGCUGUGGUAUUGUUAGUGUGUUCGUCAUACACACACACACUGGAGCUGUGAAACCUCAACACAAUGGCACACAGCUGUUCCUCUGUGUAGAGCCUCUAUCUACGAGACUCAAGACUGAUUCCAUAUGUGUCUGGCAAAUGGGCCCACCUUCAUCUCCCACCCGGCAUUUAAUGAGUUUCAAUCAAUCACGUUAUAAAGCCUCUAAAAGCCUCAAUAGAGAUGUAACAAGUUCAAGCAGCCUGCUUAUGCAGCCCAGGCAAUUCAACACUAUUUUGAGCACCUUGUUUGCAGUUACUUUGACUUGAGUCUGUGUGUUUAUACUCUGUGCAUUUCAUGAAUGCAGAGCAGCACUAGGUGCUCGCUCUCCUCGGUUCGAGAGGUCCUUGGGUAAGUAAGUGUGUGACAACGUCAGGUGAUUUAUCGAGAGAUGUGGGAUUUAUUCAGUGUUCUUCUGUACUCUUGAACGCUGCGUUUCCAAUCUCCAUCUCAUUAACACUCAGCCCGCUGCUCAAUCAAUAACUCACUACAUCUCAGCUGAAAUAAAUCCUCCAGGAGAGAGUUAAUCUGUCAUGGCCGCUCACUUUUUCCUCCACCCUGCACUUAAUAAAUCGAAUUUAUCGCACAUGGGCACAUUGACAGAGUUUGAAUGGGUUGAAUGUGAGGAACAAUGUGGCAAAUGGAGUGUAUACGUGUGUGUGUGUGUGUGUGUACCUGUGUGUGCGUGUGUGUGUGCGUCUGUGUAUGCGUGUGUUUUGACAUGGAGAGAAGAUAAUGUAAGCUCCUCGGCUUUCCACUACCUUACAUACCCAGAGGCUAACUAUCUGUGUCCUCCCCAAAGAGACAGCUGGUAAAAUACAUUCUCUCUCUAUCCAAGAGUAUAUCACGGUCCGUCACAGCACAAUGACCAUGCUAUUGACCCAGCGGACAGUGUCUGUCUCGCGGUGUCUGUCAAUCUCAAAUCGGUGAUGUCAUGUUUCUCUCACAGUGAUGAUGUCAUAUGUAUGUCCUCAAGCAAACAUUAUCUAUUAUAUUGACAAGAUAGCCAAGUGACCGCUCUAACAAUGGAAAUACAUGUCCUCAAUGACUGAAGGCAGGCGAGAUCAGGUGGGACCAUUCUAGACAAUGAGAGGGCAGAUACGCAUUUGAACAACAGGCAUAACUAAGUGGUUUUUCUCAAAGUUGCCGUAAUGCCAUGUGAUAUUAGUACAUUUGUAACAGCCUAAACAUUCAAAUAAGCCUCACGUAAUUCGACACUCUCUCAUAGACCUCCAUACAAAAAAGGGCUUAUCUAUCUAAAUCCUCUGGCUUCGCCUCUUCCUCUCUGCCUAAAGUCACUCACAGUGAUGAUGUCAUGCCCCAUUCUCUCCCAAACGCCGUCUCACAGUGAUGAUGUCAUGUGUAUGUUCUCAGGAGCACCCCUGAAGCCCAGGAAGGAGUUGGUGUUUGUGGAGCAGCUGUCCGGAGGCCUGGAUAUCCGCUGGUCGUCUAAGUUCAACAUCUCUGUGGAGCCUGUCCUGUACGUGGUGCAGCGCCGCUGGAACUAUGGCAUCCACCCCAGUGAGGACGACGCCACAGAGUGGGAGACUGUGGCACAGGUAGGGCCCCACACCACACCAGGCUCCUUCUCUGAGUACCUCAAUGGAUUGCUCUAUCAUUCACAUACAGUAUAUCAUAAUCAAAUAAUUAUCCUAAAUGAAUUGCAUGGUCAGUGCUUUCUAGGAAGAUAAAGAGUCAGUGAUGCAUUCUUUGGUGGAAAAACAAACCCUAAAACUAAACCAUAAUACGUUUUCCACAAAAGAGAUAAACAUAACAAAGCUGGUGUGCUACUCCACAGCUGUGGAAGUGCUGCACUCACUCACACUGUUGCACACUGUUGCACAUUCCUUAGUCGCAGUGUCUUUGAAAGUUUGGCAAAGAGAAACAGACAGAUGACUGAUGUGGCAGCAACACUCACACAAGCCGCGACCCUGUGUGACCUUUAACCCCUGUGUGCCUGCUCUUUCCCUUCUGUCGCUCAGACUACAGAGGAGCGCAUCCAACUGGCCGACAUCAGAGCCAGCAGAUGGUACCAGUUCAGAGUGGCGGCCGUUAACGUACAUGGGACCCGCGGGUUUACUGCCCCCAGCAAGCACUUCCGCUCCUCCAGAGGUAGGCUACGUCUGUGUCUGGGUGGGUGUGUGUGUGUGUGUGUGUGUGUGUGUGUGUGAGGGUUGGGGGGUUGUGUGUGUGUGGCCCCUACUCUGAGUGUCAGUUCCUGUGUGACAUCCUAUCCCCUCCAUUUGCUACAGUCAAGGCCUAUGAACAGGUUGCGACUUUGGGACAAUCCUUUACAGCCUGAUUUGCCUCAGUAACGGCCAAUUUCCCCAUUUGUGUUAAUUUGUGUUAAUGUGUGUCUGUGACUUUUGCCUUAAAUUCAAUCAACCCUGCAGUGAGGGAAAAACCUACGCUGCAGGAACGUAACAUUGUUCCUGUGCUGGAAUAAUCUGCAAGAUUACACCCGUAAUGUUCACAUUUAUUAAAAGCAAAUAGCAAAAUGGUUUUGGCACAGUGUCUUCAAAAUCCAUCACAACCAUACGUAAGCCGUUGAUUUUUCUUUACCCUACCUGACAAACCUGAACCUUCAAUCGGAUUAGCAUUUGCUAAGCAUUCCUCGCCCCUCCGUCCCUAAAGUUGUCCGUUGAGCUAAAUGGAAAUUGAUGCACACUGAUGCCAAACAGAGCACAGAGAGUCAUCAGAAACCCCUGUGUGUGCAGAACAUGUACUUUUCUGCAUAGCGAUGCAACCAGACCUUUGUACGUUUAACUCUUCAAAGGUGGGGCUUUCCGUCUUUACAGCCGUAUAAAAUGUAAUAUGUCUGAAUUAGUCAGGAUAUUGCAGGCUUCAACUGCAUGUAAGUUAUUGUCUGGCUUCCAGGGAGAAUGAGGUAAGGUAGGCUGCUCAGUGCUUCAGAUCUGUGCUACAGAUUAUCACUGUGUUUGAUAGUGGGCUGAGGCUGUGCUGAUGCCUGUACUACUCUGAGUGUUCCCACUUUGAAUGACACUAAAUAGCUCUUUAGUCUGGAUUACAGGUUUAUGAAUGUAAUAUUGUGUUUAGGUUUAAUCUGAUGUUGAACAGAUAGGGCCUGUUGGUUUGAGGUGUAGAGGCAGAGCUGUGUGUAGCGUACUGCAGUGCACUUGGAUCAAGUUGAACUGGCUCAGGAUUUGGCCCUUCGUCUGAGUUCUUGUGGUGUGUUUGCUUUACCAACAUGCCUUUGCGUGGAGAUUUUGUCUAGCAGGGACCACCUUUGUCUUCAUCUUCAAUAUGAAUAGCUGAGGAAGUAAUUAAUGAUUUUUUUACAUAGUCUAUGACAAGAUAAUGGUGCAAUAUUCACCAGGGAACCAAAACAAACCACCUUGCUUCGUGCAAAGGCUGAAGUCAUCCUCAUGUGUUUUGUGGUAGCGGUAACUACAGUGAGGGAAAAAAGUAUUUGAUCCCCUGCUGAUUUUGUACGUUUGACAAAAAAAUGAUCAGUCUAUCAUUUUAAUGGUAGGUUUAUUUAAACAGUGAGAGACAGAAUAACAACAACAAAAAUCCAGAAAAACGCAUGUCAAAAAUGUUAUAAAUUGAUUUGCAUUUUAAUGAGGGAAAUAAGUAUUUGACCCCCUCUCAAUCAGAAAGAUUUCUGGCUCCCAGGUGUCUUUUAUACAGGUAACGAGCUGAGAUUAGGAGCACACUCUUAAAGGGAGUGCUCCUAAUCUCAGUUUGUUACCUGUAUAAAAGACACCUGUCCACAGAAGCAAUCAAUCAAUCAGAUUCCAAACUCUCCACCAUGGCCAAGACCAAAGAGCUCUCCAAGGAUGUCAGGGACAAGAUUGUAGACCUACACAAGACUGGAAUGGGCUACAAGACCAUCGCCAAGCAGCUUGGUGAGAAGGUGACAACAGUUGGUGCGAUUAUUCGCAAAUGGAAGAAACACAAAAGACCUGUCAAUCUCCCACGGCCUGGGGCUCAAUGCAAGAUCUCACCUUGUGGAGUUGCAAUGUUCAUGAGAACGGUGAGGAUUCAGCCCAGAACUACACGGGAGGAUCUUGUCAAUGAUCUCAAGGCAGCUGGGACCAUAGUCACCAAGAAAACAAUUGGUAACACACUACGCCGUGAAGGACUGAAAUCAUGCAGCGCCCGCAAGGUCCCCCUGCUCAAGAAAGCACAUACACAGGCCUGUCUGAAGUUUGCCAAUGAACAUCUGAAUGAUUCAGAGGAGAACUGGGUGAAAGUGUUGUGGUCAGAUGAGACCAAAAUGGAGCUCUUUGGCAUCAACUCAACUCACCGUGUUUGGAGGAGGAGGAAUGUUGCCUAUGACCCCAAGAACACCAUCCCCACCGUCAAACAUGGAGGUGGAAACAUUAUGCUUUGGGGGUGUUUUUCUGCUAAGGGGACAGGACAACUUCACCGCAUCAAAGGGACGAUGGACGGGGCCAUGUACCGUCAAAUCUUGGGUGAGAACCUCAUUCCCUCAGCCAGGGCAUUGAAAAUGGGUCGUGGAUGGAUAUUCCAGCAUGACAAUGACCCAAAACACAUGGCCAAGGCAACAAAGGAGUGGCUCAAGAAGAAGCACAUUAAGGUCCUGGAGUGGCCUAGCCAGUCUCCAGACCUUAAUCCCAUAGAAAAUCUGUGGAGGGAGCUGAAGGUCCGAGUUGCCAAACGUCAGGCUCGAAACCUUAAUGACUUGGAGAAGAUCUGCAAAGAGGAGUGGGACAAAAUCCCUCCUGAGAUGUGUGCAAACCUGGUGGCCAACUACAAGAAACGUCUGACCUCUGUGAUUGCCAACAAGGGUUUUGCCACCAAGUACUAAGUAAUGUUUUGCAGAGGGGUCAAAUACUUAUUUCCCUCAUUAAAAUGCAAAUCAAUUUAUAACAUUUUUGAAAUUUGUUUUUCUGGAUUUUUUUGUUGUUAUUCUCACUGUUCACUGUUCAAAUAAACCUACCAUUAAAAGUAUAGACUGAUCAUGUCUUUGUCAGUGGGCAAACGUACAAAAUCAGCAGGGGAUCAAAUACUUUUUUCCCUCACUGUACAUGCUGCCUGAAUGACCUUCCUUGUCAUUUAUAUUGUAACAUGCAGUCCCCUGGGUGUUCUGACGGGCUGCGUGACAUCACCAGACACCAGGUGGAAACCGGAUUGUGCUGCAGGCCUGGAAACGGACCUCCAAUCAGUCCCAUCAGUCUCACAACGCUGAUGGAUGGAUGAGAGCUGUCACAGAUUUGAUGAGCGAUUGAUUUUGUCAUUCCAUUGUUAUUUACAUAGCUCAGCCUGAUCAUCUGAUUGCAAUUUCUCACCACCAUACUUUGUUUGGGCAAUUUGCAAAAAACUCACUGCUUAUUUAUAUAGCAUGGAUAACAUUAGCUUGUUCACUCUGAAACGAUGUGUCCAAUUGCACUUUGAAACCACCUCAAAUGUAUUUCAGGUGGAGAGGGAAGGAAGGGGUGAUGAGCUAACAGUAACAGGGCUGUAGUCUCCAUCAUUUUCUCAUUUAGAGCCCAUUCCCUCUGGUCUGGCAUCUGGCCCUACCUCUGCCUGGCCUUGCCUGGGACCCCUGGCCCUGGCCCUGCCUCUGCCUGGCCCUGCCUCUACCUGGCCCUGCCUGGGACCCCUGGCCCUGCCUCUGCCUCUGCCUGGCCCUGCCUGGGACCCCUGGCCCUGCCUCUGCCUGGCUCUGCCUGGCCCUGCGUCUGCCUGGCCCUGCCUGGGACCCCUGGCCCUGCCUCUGCCUGGCCCUGCCUCUGCCUCUGCCUGGCCCUGCCUGGGACCCCUGGCCCUGCCUCUGCCUGGCCCUGCCUGGGACCCCUGGCCCUGCCUCUGCCUGGCUCUGCCUGGCCCUGCCUCUGCCUGGCCCUGCCUGGGACCCCUGGCCCUGCCUCUGCCUGGCCCUGCCUGGGACCCCUGGCCCUGCCUCUGCCUGGCCCUGGCCCUGCCUCUGCCUGGCCCUGCCUGGGACCCCUGGCCCUGCCUCUGCCUGGUCCUGCCUCUGCCUGGCCCUGCCUGGGACCCCUGGCUCUGCCUCUGCCUGGCCCUGCCUCUGCCUGGCCCUGCCUGGGACCCCUGGCCUGACAUCAGUACUGACUAUAUGCGGCAGCCGGCAGCAAUCCUGGGGCAGACCCCAUCUGGCCAGCCUCAAAACCAGCUCCGAAACAGCAUCUUACACACGCACGCACGCACACUCGGACGUACACACACACACACACGCGCACUAGGUAGAGUCAAGUUAAGAUGGAAUGUGAAGGUUGAGCCAAAGUGAGCAGAAUGUGUUUGGUGACCGUUGAGCCGAGCUCUCCGUCCAGUGUAACGCUGUCAUAGACGUGACAUGACACCUGUCAUAACAUUUCAUGACAGAUUGUCAGUGGUGGACUAAUGACUUUACAUCAUCAUACUGGCUGGGCACCUCUCAUAUGGGCCCCUCUUAUUCUGGCCUCUCAGCUGCACUGCAAAGCUGUCUCAGCUGGUAAAAAUGUAUCCUGGUUAGAUACAUUAAACCAAACGUCUGACAUGAUUUUAAUCAAGGAUAAACACAUUUAUGUGGUUAAUUGAUCGUCCCUUCUAGUUGAUUUUUUUUACAUUGGUCUGUGAAUCACCAGCCACUCAUUAGCACCAAAAAGACAUUGCUGCUGUCAGUUUUCUGCUGCCGCCGUUAUUUGUGGUCGCUCCCAAAUUGGACAAACAAAAACAGCUCUGACACGAUCUCUUUCUGUCUUCCAUUGAGAAACAAUAGUCUUUCUGUGUCUAACAUUAUCCUCCUCAGUCAGUCCCUGUGUUAAAGCCUAACAGCUGGAGGGAGAGAGAAGGAGAACUGCGGUGAAUUACAUGACAUUACAGUACUGUGUUCCUGGUCUCUCUCCAGAUCCCGCCGCCCCUCCCAGACCGACCAGCCUGUGUGUUACCAACACGCUGGGUGCUGAGGGGACGGUGACAGCCCGUCUUAACUGGACCCUGCCCGAGGAGCCCGACAUCCCCGUCCAUCACUACAAAGUCUUCUGGAGCUGGACCGUUCCCGGCAAGUCGCUGGUGCCGUCCAAGAAGAAGAGGAGGAAGACCACCAACGGGGUAAGCAUCGGCUCUUCUCUUCCCAUCUGGGUGAUGUGUCGGCGGGUUGGGAGGCCAGACACCCGAGGGCCUGGACGGGCCUGGACGGGCUGGUUGUAUCAGACCCAUCUGAAGCUCAGCCUCGCUCCCCUAGUCUCUGCACUGUAAAUAAGAACCACAAGCCCCACAAUGGAAAAAGAUCAGCAACGUAAGGCAUUUAAAUACAUAAACUCUUAAAGCUAUCGCUCAUGCAGCACGGCACACUGCAGGCCAUUUUCAUUGUUUUAUUUCCUCAAACAAAUUAAACUCCCCUUAAACGCUUGGUUAAGCUUUGAAAGAAAACAUAACAUAUAAUGUUUUCCUCAUUUACGGCUAGAUAAAUCUUACAGUGUCACGAAGAUGUGUUCCUUGGAUAACUUAACCCAAAUUUGUUAAGGUUACUAUUGUUUAGACUGACUACUGGUAACAUAGGAUAAGUCCAGCUCCUUUAGCCCAGUGGUUUCUUAGUAAUUGGAUAACAAUGAAUAAACUGUCAAAUGAAGUGGUAUAACAAGUGCAAUAGUCUCAAAUGUCUGUUUAGCUUAGCAUCGCUAUGAAGAAUAAAGCAAAAACGCUAUUGUCUAGACAGUCCUGCCACUUGUGCUGAUUUAGAAUCCGGAAUUAGUGUUGGUAACCAGAUGCAGAUGUGGCGUGGAGGUGAGAAAGCUGGGAGACACCAGAUAUCUAUUGACACAUGUACUGCUGGUUUCCACUUUGGCACCUCAGGGCUUUGAAAGCUACCUGCUGAUGGUGGAAUGUCAAAACAAGCACUGGUCAAUAACUGGAGCCUAUCAGGCCCAUGCUGCUGGAGGAAUGCUGAGACCUAAACCCAACGUAAUGAAGCCCCAGGGGAUGGGGAUAACACGGCUCCCUCACACGGACCGUAAAGCCUCAGGCCUGGGACUCUAUCACUAUCUCCUCUCUCUCCAUGUUGGUUUAGAUCAGCACACGUGUUCCCAAUAAGGAUGGUUCUUAUUCCCAAAGACCUGGCUUGGGCUGGGACUGGGACUGGGCUAGCCUGGGCUGGGACUGGAAUGGCCUAGACUAGACUGGGACAGGGAUCUGAGUCAUCUGGUUUGAGUGACAUGACUGUGGUCUGGCCACAUUGGCUGUGGUUGACGUGGUGUUGUCUCUGGUUUCAGGCCCAGAGCUGGGUGGAUCUGGAGGGCCUGCUGACUAACAAUAACUACACAGUGGAGCUGCAGGCAGUCACCUACUGGGGUCAGGUUCGUCUGAAGAGCUCCAAGGCAUCGCUCCUCUUCAGCACCGCCACCCAGAACAACGACUCUGGUAAGGCAUCAUGGGACAUUGAGUCUCAACAAGGCUGUACUCAUCUGACUUAGUGAUAAAUAAUGAUGCUGUUUGAUAGUUUUUAUGAAUUCAUUUUACAGUAUUUAUUAGCAUAACUAUUGGUACGAUCAUAGAUGUUUAAACAUACUGUUACCUUCCCAUAUUAGAGCUUAGAGCUGCAUUUUGAGCUUUUAUGAGAUGAACUGGACUAGAAAUCAAAUGUAUUUUCCUUCUCCAACCCAGUGAAAGAGAAGGAGGAGGUGAUGAUGCCCGUUGGCUCCACCCUUGGUAAGCGCCCGGCCGGCCCUCUAGAGGUGGGCACACCCUUCUACCAGGACGGCCAGCUACAGGUCCGCAUUUACUGGAAGAACCGGGGAGGUACGUACCGUAUUAUUGUACCGUAUGUGGGCCUUGGCGCCAUCCCUACUGUAAUUACCACAUCAUUCUGCCCUUCAUCAGGCACCCUGCAUUCUUUUAUUGGCUAAUCAAUGUCUACACGUGAACCAGGAGGAGCGGAGGUCUAGGAGGUUCUGUUAGCUGAAGAACAAUAAACACAGGGAACGAGGGGAGCUCUAUAUGAUGGGGUUUAUUGACAGCUGUAGUUAAUAUGAGCCCUCUCUCAUAUUAGUGUUGAAACCGUCAAUUUUGUUUUAAAGACCUGACAUCACCCUCCAGAAACACACACACAAGGAGGACGUGAAAGGGUUAAAACAUUCACCGAAAAAGUCUCGCACAGCAGUGUCCACAUACUCCUUAGACUCCGUUCCCCAGCCCCUACGAAAAUAUGGAAACCUUGAAAGGCGUGCUCCAAAGGUAGCCUGUCAAGACCCAUUCACUGGACUAUGUUAUGUUGCUAAUAUAUGUCAUCGCCCAAGCCAAGCUCCACAGAGUGGAGGCAGGAAUGCCCAGGCUGGCCUGGCUGGGGAGAGGAGAGGAGAGGCCCAGUGGUGUUUCUGAUGGAGAGGCCAUCUGCUGA